CGGCUCUUUGUAGAGAGGACCGAGAAUGAUGGAUGGCACAAAGUGGAGCCAUAAUUCCACAGUUUACCUUGAUGAAUAUACUGACAUAUUCAAGAUGGGCAGCAAUAGUACCAGCAACGCUGAGAAUAAUUGCAAUGUCACUAAUGUGACAUUCCAGUACUCCCUCUAUGCAACCACCUACGGCCUCAUAUUCAUUCCUGGUCUUCUGGCUAACAGUGCAGCCUUGUGGGUUCUAUGUCGCUUCAUCAGCAAGAAAAAUAAAGCCAUCAUCUUCAUGAUCAACCUCUCUGUGGCUGACCUUGCUCAUGUCCUGUCCUUACCUCUCCGGAUUUACUAUUACAUCCACCGGCACUGGCCAUUCCAGAAAGCCAGUUGCCUGCUGUGCUUCUACCUGAAAUAUCUCAACAUGUAUGCCAGCAUUUGCUUCCUGACAUGCAUCAGUCUUCAGAGGUGUCUCUUUCUCCUCAAGCCAUUCAGUGCCAGAAACUGGAAGCGUCGGUAUGAUGUGGGUAUCAGUGCUGUCAUCUGGAUCAUCGUGGGGACUGCCUGUUUGCCAUUUCCCAUCCUGAGAAGUGCUGGCUUAGCGAACAACACCGAAUCUUGCUUUGCUGAUCUUGGUUACAAGCAGAUGAACCCAGUGGUUUUGGUCACGAUGAUUACAAUUGCUGAGCUUGCUGGAUUCGUGAUCCCAGUUAUCACCAUCGCAUGCUGUACCUGGAAAACCACUAUAUCUUUGAAACAACCACCUAUGGCUUUUCAAGGGAUUAGCGAGAGGAAGAAAGCGCUGCGGAUGGUUUUCAUGUGCGCUGCAGUCUUCGUUACGUGCUUUACCCCUUACCAUAUUAACUUCAUUUUUUACACCAUGGUAAAGGAAACUAUCAUUACCAGUUGUCUCAUUGUCAAAAGCACACUGUAUUUCCACCCUUUUUGCUUAUGCCUUGCAAGCCUUUGCUGCCUUUUGGAUCCAAUUCUUUAUUACUUCAUGGCUUCAGAGUUUCGUGACCAACUAUCUCGCCACGGCAGCUCUGUGACCCGUUCUCGUCUAAUGAGCAAGGAGAGCGGUUCAUCGAUGGCUAGCUAAAACAAAAUAUUUCUUCAGCUCCGACUCUCUUUACGUAUGUUCUUUGCCCUUUUCCAAAGGCUCAUAUUAGCAGUCAAACAAUUUCUUAAAUCAAACAUUGGAAAUAACAGAAAUAAGUUGUACUAUGCCAUAGUUGUAAUUGUGGGGUUGUGCCUCCACAGAUCAUGGGACAAUCAAAGGGUAAUAGGAUUCACCUGUUUCCGAUUUGCAUGCAAGGCAUUUUAUUAUUUACAAGACCCAGAUCAAGUUUUUACAGAUGGUUCCAAUCAAAUAUAAAUCGAAGGCUUUUCUUCCAAUUGUCUUGUAAAUAGGAUAUCACUGAGAUGCAAUAUAUAGUAAUCUGUUUUGUAAAUAAAAUUAAAUCUCUUUCAUAGUAUAACUUUAUUUCUGAAUGAUAA